AUGAGGGCUCCGGAAGAAGCCGAUGUCACCUCAGAUCAUGAUUACGAAAGAAAGUGGCUGCAGAUCUCCCAUGAACUAGACAAGCUGCAAAUUAGCUAUCGGCGACUUCAAAGUGUGAACGAGUCUCUGAAGAGACAGAUAGAGGCUUUGAACAAGCAACAGAUCACUUACGUAGCCGAACGGAAAGAGGCUGAACGCAAUGCCCACCAAGCAGAACUCAGGGUUGAACUAUUGGGGCAAAAUGCACUUAUAGACCAGAGGGUUCGCGAGGGUCAGAUCAAACGUCUGCGCAUAGUAGAACAUCAGAUGAACGAGGUCCUUGCUAAUUCACGGAAUGAGCGUAACCAGCGAGUUAAGGCGGAGGAAAAGACAGCGAACCUGACCAAGGCACUAAAUCGUGAACGUGCGCAGCGCCUUCACGACUUGCAUCUGAAUUUCCGUGUUGUGGGCGAUUCACUCUCUGCUAUGAAACGAGAGCGGCUUAUGGAGGAGCGCUGUCUCUCUUCCGAGAGAGACGCCGAACUAGUCACACGCAAUUGUAACCUCCUCGAGACCGCCGUAACGACACACCAUUCCGUUGAUAGUAGAAGUAUCUGCACACAAGCACAACAGGAGCAUGCCAUAGAAUGGGGGCGUGCAAAGCGACUCUUACUCAAGUCCCUUGUUCAAGAGAUGCGCAAAGAUGCGCAAAAUACAUGCUUUGAAAAAGAAUACCCUCAGAAGGAGCUUCAUCGACUCCCUUCGAAUCUCAUUACAUCAACUGUGAUUCCUGGGCGUGCUGUGAAAACUAACAAACGCAGUCCUUCCCUUCGAAAUUUGUUGCCUCCACUCCCUUAG